AUGAAUAUAAAUCAUCAUUCACCUGGUUUAUCAGGUAAUAACAAUCAUAAUAUUAAUCAAAACAAUCAUCUUAUACAUCAUCAUCACCAUCAUCAUUAUAAUAAUAAUAAUAAUAGUACAUCCCAUUCAUCUCCAAUAUAUUUAAAUUCACCAUCUUCAUUAAGUUCAAGUUAUCCAAACUCAAAUAUAUUUCAAAAUAAUCAACAACAUCAACAAUCACAAUCACAAAAUAGACCUCAAUUUAAUACAACUCAAUCACAUCAAAAUAUCAAUACUUUUCACUCCUCAAAUUCUAAAUCACAACCAAAAUUUAAAUUUAAUCUAAAUAAAGAUUCAUCAACAAAUAAUAAUAGUAUAAAAUUAUCACACCUUUUAUCAAAUGAAAUUAAUAAUAUAGAAAAUUUAUGGAAAUUAUAUAAUAAAGCAAGAGAUUCAUUACCUUAUAAAUCAAGAAUGGAAAAUUUAACUUGGAGAAUGAUGUAUUUAACAAAUAAUAAUAUUUAUAAUAUAAAUUCUUCUAAAAAUUAUGGAGAAACAAAUAAUUCAAAUUUAAUUACGCCACAUAAUUUUAAACAACAACCACAACCUUUACCAAAUCAUUUAAACCAAUCACCUAAUCAACAACUACAUUUUGAUAGUAUUGAUCCUGGAGCUGAUGAUUUUGAUUAUGUUGCACAUAUUAAAAAAAUUGGUUCAACUAAUUUAAUGGAUUCUCAUAACGAAUUUAAUAAUUUACAACAAGAUUUUGAUAAUAGCAAUAAUAAUCAUAGCACCAAUAAUAAUAACACCAAUAAAAGCCUGAGUGGUAUGACUUCAAUAACGGCAAUCCCCAAGAAAAGACAAGCUCAUUAUUCACCCACAACCAAACCAAUGUCACAAUUAUCUCAACAAUUAAAUGAAUUUAAUAAAUUUAAUCAUCCACAUCAACCACACCCAAAUCAUCCACAACAUUUUCAUCAUCAUCAUCACAAUAAUGACAUAGAUUAUCCUCAUCCUUCAUCUUUUGAAUUUUCAUUAGAUCCUUUAGCUUUUGAAGGUCCUAAUAAUAAUUUUACAGAUAUAAAUUUACAUUCAUCAUUUCAAGAUAGUUUAACAUCAUCUUUUGAAAAACCUAUAUUUGAUGAUUUUAAUACUCCUAUAAAUACUGCUCCAUCUUCAUUAUCAACUAUUAUACCACAAAAUACUCAAUUUAUAAAUAAUCAAAGAAAUUCAAUGACUACUCCUACAAAUAUAUUAAGACAAGAAUCUUUAAUAUCAUUACCAGAAUUUAAUCAAAAUCAUCAUCCUAAUUCAAAUUUCCAUCCUUCAAGUUUAAAUUUUUCUAAUCAUCAAUUUUUAAAUGAUACGUAUUUAGAUAGAUCAACUUCACAAACACCUAUAUCACAUAGUUUAAAUAAUCAUAACGAAUCAUUUAUAAAUCAACAAGAUGUACAAUUUACAUUACCUUCUCAAGAUCAACAACAACAACAACAGCUACAAGAAGAACCUAAAAAACGCAAGCCAAAACAAACAAAAAUAAAACAACAAAAAAAGGGUUUGACUCCAGAAGCUACAACAUCAACAACAACAACAACCACAACACAACAAAUAAAUGCAACAAAUUCAACAACAAGUUGUACAAACUGUCACACAAAUACAACCCCAUUAUGGAGAAGAAAUCCAGAAGGUCAACCGUUAUGUAACGCAUGUGGUUUAUUUCUAAAAUUACAUGGAGUUGUAAGACCACUUUCUUUAAAAACAGACGUUAUAAAAAAGAGACAAAGAGGUAAUGGUAAAAAUUCAGUUGAAGAUGGAGAUGAUUUAAAUCCAACAUCAAUAAACGAUAAUAAGAAACCUAUUACUACCACAACACCAACAUCAACAACUAAUGGAAUAACCAAAUCAAGAAGACCAAGUUUUAAACGUAACAAAUCCAAAACAAAAGUAAGUGAGUCAUUAAGUACCAAUUUUCUAAAUAAUUUAAAUGUUAAUAAUGGGAACACAAAUGUUUUAAAUAUAAGUAAUUCAAAUAAUUUAGGUGGUGUUGUUGAAAUUCCACCAAUUAAUCAUGGUAGUAAUAGUAAUGAUGAAGAUUUAGUGACUAUCAGAAAUGAAUAUGAUUGGUUAAAUUACUGA